AUGCAGAUGUAUGGAAGACUUGAGAGCAACACUGUUUUGUUCCCUUCAGAACAAGCAAUUAUCUGGGUCUUAACAUUCACUGUGUCUGAGUACCCCUUACCCUUAAUUUGGGCAGGGAAGGAGCAGCUACCAUUUGUUGUAUCUACCCAAUCAUCUACAGAAACAACAAAAGGGUGCUUAACACUACUAAAAAUAGAUUACUUUGAUGAUGAUUCAGGAGAUGCAGGACUUGUAGCUGCUUGUUUGCUGGUCAAAACGAUGGGGAUUCCAUGGUGCAAACGCUGAGAAGUACUCCCUCUGUCCCGAAUUACUUGUCUUAGAUUUGUCUAAUGCAUAUGUAUCUAGACAUGUUUUAGUGUUAGAUAUGUCUGUAUCUAGAAAAAUCUAAAACAAGAAUUUGGGAUGGAGGUAAUACCUUGUAAGUAAGGCCUUGUGUGAUGGGGUUUUUCAUGAGAUAAAAGAGCAUUUGGUGCGCCGCUUUGGUGCGCCGCUCUUCACUGUGAUGUCUUCGAGUUAUUUACCCAAAACCAUCACACUUGGGGUUAGGGUA